UACUGACACUCACCCAUAUAUAUUUUAAUAGGUGUCUAUUACCCUUACCAUCAACCAGUCAAUUGUCAAGUAUAGCAAAAUUAAAUUAAAUCCGACAAUACUAACAAAAAAAUGGCCACUGGUGACUUUAGUAAAACUUAUACAUUUAAAUCAUCGGAUAAUGUAUUGGCAUUUGCGAAAGCUAGAGGAGUUCCCGAUGAUGGGGCCGCAAUAUAUGCAGCGGCUAAACCUACGCUAGAAGUUAGCAAAAAGGGCGACCAGUUUACUAUUAGGCGGGUGUUUUCGGAAGGCCGGGCACAUGAUAUUAGCUUCGAGUUGGGCAAAGAGUUUGAUGAGACCCGACCUAAUGGCCAGACAGUUAAGAGUGUAGUGGUUGCCGGUGAGGGUAAACAAUUGAUUCAAACACAAAAGGGAGACAAAGAGGUCAAAAUUGUAUACGAUUUCAAUGGCGAUGAUGUGGUCAGUACUGCUACCAUCACCGGUGAAGGUGUGUCCGCUAAAUGGGUUUUCUCAAGAAAUCAAUAAAUCAAAAAAAAACAUUUUUCCAACAAAAUAAAUAACAACUGAUUUUUAAUGUUUUUUGUUGUUGUUAUUGAAACAAUAAACUAUUUGAUUAAAUAAUAAAAAUGUUUUAUUUAUAGA